CUUAAUUAAAGUGUUUCGUAUCUUAUUUAAAAUUGUAAACGAUUUCAAGAUAAAACUUAAAAUUAGGUUGUCUUGCCUUUGAAUCUAAAGGUUGUAAGACUUUAAUGCGAGUAGGUAACACUAUUAUAGUGUAGGUACUAUCGUUGCAUUAUUUUUAAACAAGCAUAUUACAAUUAAUAUGUAAGUGAAAGUAAUUAGAUUCAGCAUAUAGGGUUCAUCAAACUUAUCUAGAUGAGACAACAAUAAGUAACAACAAAGUCAAGGGUAAAGAUUCAUUAACACAGCCCUAUCUCCUAGCUGAUAUCCAUCUAAGAAAUAUUUUUAAUAUAAAUAUGGGAACUCUUACCAUUCCUAUAUCAAUUAAAUCGAACUUGUUGAAAUAAGUGCACAUCUAAACAAUACGUCUACAUUCGCAAUGUAUUUUAAAAUCGCAAUCGUAACGUUUUGCCUAAUUUUAAAAAUAGAAGGAGGUUCUACGGUCCAGCCAUACAAUGUAAAGGAUUUAUUGUCUUCUCGUAUAGUCGGGGGUAUAGAAGCCUCUCCUAGCUACGUCACGCACAUGGUUGCCCUGGUGUUUGGAGAAAGAUUUAAAUGGUUGACUUGUGGUGGAUCUAUUAUUACGCAAAGACACAUUCUGACUGCCGCCCAUUGUAUUGACCCUUAUAUAGAUCGUUGGAGCCCAACUGGACUUAAUCCAUCAUUACGAGGGUCGAUUGGUUCAAAGUACUGGGUCUCUACUAAGUACAUGAUCGAAUUUCAAGGAUUCGUCAACCAUCCAAAUUGGAAUUCAUUUACGAUUAAAAAUGAUAUUGGCAUACUGAUAACAAAGAGACAUAUACAGUACAAUGACGCCAUCCAACCCAUUGCGUUGAAUCUAAAGUUUAUAGACCGUCCAGUGACAACUUUUGUCACCGGUUGGGGUGAUUUGGAGGUGUUUGGACAGACACCUGAUCGUCUACAGAUGUUAAUUACCAGCACUAUAACAUCUAAGCAGUGUGUAGCAGCCGUGAGGAACUACACCAGCGGCACAGGAGUAGCUGCACCUCCUUAUGAUCCCAAAACGGAGAUUUGCACCUUACUUUCUAAGGGUCAUGGGAUGUGUCAUGGAGAUUCCGGCAGUGCUUUGAUGACCUACUAUGGACUUCGGAAGCAAAUUGGUAUUGUGUCGUGGGGCUUCCCGUGCGCACGCGGCGCUCCUGACUUUUUUACAAGAGUUAGCGCAUUUGUUAACUUUAUUUACGAUGUUGUGAGGCCAUUUUCAUUGGAAAUUCAUUAAGACACUGCAUCGACUUCAGAUAA